AUGCUUCAGGAGCAAAUUGCACUCGAAACAACCAGCGCCGAAGCGCUCGAAGCUACAACCAAUAAUUUAGAAACUGCAACUACAGACAAUAGUAUUAAUGACAAUGCCCCACCACAGACGGGAUCUUCUACUGAUUUAUCUGUAACGGUGCCUACAUUGUCCGAAGGAUUUCUAGCACAUUGGUUGCCCCUAAUAGCACAAGCAGAAAGGGAACUCGAGGAAUUUGA